GUGAUUGGCUGACGCCUGAUGUGACGCGGCCUCGUUGGGCGGGGCUCGGCGCUGACGUCGCGGGGCGCAGGGAGGACUCUCCGACACAAACAAGUUCGAGGUCAAAACAAAGUGUGAGGAGCUGCAGCAGAGCCGCAGAGCUUCCGAACCGCAGGCGGCCACACCCAACACAGACGAUCUCCUGCUCGACCAGAGUGAAGCAGAGGCAUAAAGAUGAUCGGAAAGAUUCUGUCUCAACUGCUCUGGAACACAGACGAGGACUUUGAGGGAGCAGAGGACGGUUUUGAGGAGCUGAUGGAGUUUGAGGAGGGAGGAUGGGUCAUUGUUAAUCUCCCAGAGAACGGGUCGCUGUCAGUCCCUGAGAUGGAUCCACUCGAGAACCUGCUGAUCGAGCACCCGAGCAUGUCUGUCUACCAGAUGAGACCCAGGAUGAGUGGGGAGGAGGAGGAGGAGGAGGAGCAAGGCUCUGACGAAGACGAAGAGGACACCCCCAGGCCGGUGGCAGUGAGGCAGCGUAUUUCUUGGCGCUUGGCUGCCUGGGGAAUCCCUCUGCCCUGCAACAUCCAGCUGCUGGCUGUCCAGAGGGCCAGGACUCAGGCUGAGCGGAAGAAGCUGAGCCGCAGCUCCCUCCACAGGCAGAAUUUAGCCAAGCUGCGAUUCUCCCCAGCAGAGAAGCGCUACGGCCACUUCAAGCAGCCCUGCCAGCGCCUCUACAACUACUAACAAGCAGUAGUGAAACUGCUUUGUGAGAGAGGGUGUGUCUCAGGUUGCCUCCACCACAGCCCAGUGAGCAGCAUGGUGCCUCGACUCUGAAAUACUCUGGUUUCACUGCAACACUGUAACAGUUUUUCAUUUUGACUUUAACGUUGGCAGCCAUCACAUCUGAAAAUGCUGAGAACAAUGAACCUCGAUCUCCUGAUAUCAUGAGCGACCGUCAGUUCCUCACAAAACAUUAAAAAACGUGUGAAGUUACUAUUCAAAGAUAGGCACGUGUACAUUUUGGAUGAGAACAUUUGAGUUGUGUGACUUGUUUGGAUUGUUUUGGUGUGAAGUUAUUACUUUUGAAAUGUGUGACACUGUUCUAAUUAGAAAAAAUCUUUCCUGUAGAAUUCUUUGCUCUGACGUAUGAUGCAGUUUGAUGCUGGCAGACUGAGUGGUUAGUCCACGGUUGUAUUCUAUGUGAUUUAUAUUAUGUGCCUUAGCUUUAGAUGUUCUUGUGACAAGUAUAUUAAUGGCUACUUUCAUACCAUGUGCACCUGUACAGUAUCCAUAUCAUGUGAAAUAUUAUCUCUGAAUUCCCUAAAAUAAAUGUUAUUUGUUUGCAAUAGAUUCAUUUUAGGGGAUAAUUACAAAACCACUGUUUAAGUUUUGUAUUAAGUGUACCGUUAUGUACUUUGAUGGUACCCACCUUUUUCAAUCCACGCAAAUUGUUUAUUUUUGACUCACACGUGUAAAUACAGUUGAAUAUUAUGUUUUUCUAUUUUGUGUGUAUUUAUAAAAAUGUACAAAAAAACGUAAAAUAAAUCUUGUUUUCUUAA